AUGUCUCUUGAAGUAAGAGAUUUCAUUUCCAAAUGUGAUGUAUGCAAACAAUCGAAAGCGCCGAACACUGUUCUACGACCAUUAAUGGGUGAUAGGAUUGAAUCGGAAAGACCGUUUCAAAGAAUUUAUAUGGACUUUUUGGGUGCAUAUCCCCGGUCCAAAUGUGGUAAUGUGGGCAUACUAGUUAUAUUGGAUCACUUCACAAAAUACCCUAUUCUAAAACUUGUGAAAAGAUUUGCAUCUACCGAAAUUUGUAACUUUGUAGAAUCUGAUAUUUUUCAUCUCUUCGGUGUACCUGAGUUUGUAGUUACAGACAAUGGUAGUCAGUUUAAGUCUGUUUUGUUUGAAAAUCUUUUAGAAAAAUAUGGUGUGAAACAUAUAUAUACCGCUUCAUACAGUCCCCAGUCCAACUCAUCAGAAAGACUAAAUCGGUCAAUUUUGGCGGCUAUACGUUCUUACCUCAAACAAGACCAACGUGAGUGGGAUUCCCAUCUUAGUAAUAUAUGUGUUGCUCUACGUAGCCUUAUUCAUUCUUCAAUCGGUUAUUCUCCGUUUCACGCUUUAUUUGGUUACACUAUGAUUACUCAUGGUAAAUCGUAUCAGCUAGUAAGAAAUAUAGAUUCGUUGGGAAAUGGUGAAGAUAUUCAUUAUUCUGACAAACUCCACAUUAUACGUGAAAAGGUGAAAGAGAAUUUGGAAAGAGCAUAUAACUCAUAUAAGAAAACGUAA